AUGAACCGAAGUGGAAGCUCCGAACAAACAAGCACGGACCACCGCUUAAAGCCAUUGAUCUGGUCUCACGCGGAAUCUCCGCAACUCCGCAACUCUCACACUUCCAAGAUUGAGAGCCCAACACAAUCCAACCAUGUCUACAAUCUCCCCCCUCGUCAAUCAAUUGCUUCUUCCCGUGGACAUUCUCCAGCUCCACCAUCAUCACGUCCAUCCCUCGAUCCCUUAAAUACCAAUAGCAUCAGCGGCGGACUCAGCGCUGCCUCAACUCCAUCCACAACUCGAGCUAUCUCACCCAACCCUCGGCGAAACCGUUCCGCUCUGCGAGACUACUAUAAUCUAAAACCACCUGGUGCGGAAUCAUCGAGUCCUCGAUCCCGCAGUGUGCCCCGAACUACCGAUGCGGGCGAUAUCUCAAACCCAACGAGUCUAGCCUCAGGGACAGAGCUCGAUAAUGCCGAGUUCGAUCCUCAGCGCUACGUGGAUCAUCUUCUAUCUACAUCUUCACUGGCUACGAUUCUGAAAGCGGAGAAUACACUUGUUGGAGAUAUCCGGACUCUGGAUGGAGAGCGCAAAGCGCUCGUAUACGAUAAUUACUCGAAGUUGAUUCGGGCUGUUGAGACUAUUGGCAAAAUGCGGAAGAGUAUGGAUGAGCGCGGUGCUCCAUUGACUAUGACAAAAACUUUGGGUCCUGCUAUUGCGUUUGUGGCGGAGACGGCGGGGGGAUUGAUUAAAGAGGGUGAGGAGCAACGGAAGAAGAUUAAGGAGGCUCGGGCACAGGAACCGGUAUCGGAGUCUCAAAGUGGGCAAAAAGAAACUGUGAAAUGGGUUCUUGGAGCACCUGAGCGAUUGAAGGGUCUUUUGCAAGAUAAGAAGACGGAAGAGGCGGAAAAUGACUGGAAGGAUGUGCGGCGGCUGCUCGAUGCUUGGAGUACGGUUAAGGGAGUUGCCGAAGUUCGUGAAGCCUGCGAAAAGGUCAUGGGCAAGAGCGGCCAGGAUGAUUGA